CAAAAUUGGAAAAAAAAUAUACUAAAAUUUUUGUCAAUAAACAUUAAUCUAUGGCCGCUGAAGAGUUUUGUUAUUGUCAUAUUCAUCAGUUUUCUUCAGUAGCUUAAGCUUUAUCUAUAUGUUGUUUUCUUUAUAGUUCCUUUUGCCGGCAAAUGGUGUCACUCAAUUUCUCUCUCUUUUAACAAAAAAAAGAUUUUUUUUGGUUAUAUAUAUACACUUGUGUACAUAAAUUUAUUGGUGGGGUUUGGGUAUUUUGUUGUAAUUUUUGGUUUUGUUAAUGGCUAUGGAUGAGGAAGCACCCCUUGUUGUUGAAAUUUCGAAAAAUGAAAACUCAAUUGUGAAUCAUGAAAGGGAUGUUUAUAUUCUGAGCUCUGCUUUUUUGUUGAUUUUUUUGGCUUAUGGGGCUGCUCAGAAUCUUGAAAGCACUAUUAAUACAGAAGGAAAUUUAGGGACCAUUUCACUGGGGAUAUUGUAUUUGUCAUUUAUGUUCUGCUCGAUAUUUGCUUCAUUGGUGGUUCGGAAGCUUGGGUCGAAGAAUGCUUUGAUCCUUGGUACUACUGGCUAUUGGUUGUUUGUAGCUGCCAAUUUGAUGCCUAAUUGGUAUACCAUGGUCCCAGCUUCUUUAUACCUUGGUUUUGCUGCCUCCAUAAUAUGGGUUGGGCAGGGAACAUAUCUUACUUCCGCAGCACGCAGUCAUGCAAAUGAUCAUAUCUUAAAUGAAGCCGUUAUAAUUGGUAAAUUCAAUGGUGUAUUCUGGGGAAUGUUUGCAAGCCAUCAGCUUGUCGGAAAUCUUAUCACUCUUGCUUUGAUGAGAGACGAAGAGGGAGGAAGCACUAGUGGAACAACUGUACUUUUCUUGGUUUUUGUUUGUACUAUAACCCUUGGUGCCGUUUUGAUGUGCUUCUUAAGUAAGAGAGCUGGUAAAGAGGAGUCGAGACAGCAAGACUCCUCCGCUAGUUCUGUUUCUUCUGUGGCAACUUUGCUCAAGUCUAUCAUUACCCUUUUACAAGACAUAAGAAUGCUUUUGAUCAUCCCUCUUAUUGCAUAUUCAGGUUUACAACAAGCAUUUGUAUGGGCUGAAUUCACAAAGUAUAUCGUUCAGCCUACGAUGGGAGAGAGUGGUGUUGGUGGUGCAAUGGCCGUAUAUGGGGUUUUUGAUGCACUUUGCUCUCUAGUGGCUGGGCAUUUCACCUUUGGUCUCUCAUCUAUUUCGAUGAUUGUCUCGGGUGGAGCUUUAGUUCAGGGUGCUGUAUUGGUAUGGAUUCUACUGGCUCACAGUGUGACUGUUGGAGCUCUUGGCAUACUAUAUCCACUUCUCGUUGCAGCCUUGUGGGGCAUAGGUGAUGGAGUCUUGAAUACCCAGCUAAGUGCAUUGCUCGGGAUACUCUUCAAGGAUGAUCUGGAAGGAGCAUUUGCCCAACUUAAGCUUUGGCAGAGCUUUGCAAUUGCCAUAGUCUUUUUCCUCGCCCCCUACAUCUCGUUGCAGACAAUGUUAGUGAUUAUGUUCGUUGCCCUUUGCUUCUCCGCUCUUGGUUUUCUUUUCUUAACUCUUAAAGUAGAAAGAGCAUUCUCGUAUUGACCUGCCUAAGGCGAUGCCAAUAGUGUUGUAUCGGCUAUGCUAUCGUCUAGUUCUGCUGUGUUUAUAAUACAUCUUUGUAUUUAGAUUUGAACUUGCCCCAUGCAGUGUUUUCUGUUCAUUGAGUUCUUAAGAAAUCCAUUUCACAUUAUCUUUUCUCUGCUA